AAAAGAUCUCCGUACGCGUCUUGGAUUGGGACACGAGACCAUUCCUGUCGUAGCUAGACUUUUACGCUCUGAUUCCUCCCUUCAGCGCCUCAAAGCAGCCCAUGGCCAUCUUAAAGCGCCUCCUGGCAUUGGCCAGCAUGGCCGGCGCAGCGCUUGCCCAGUCAAACUCGUACACCGACCAGGGCAUCACCUUCCAAGGUAUCACGGACCCGACUCACAGUGUUACAUAUGGUUUCGUUUUCCCACCUACAACCGAUACCAGCAAGGCCAAUGAGUUUAUUGGCGAGGUCAUCGUGCCAGUUGUAAACGAAUGGGUGGGACUUGCGUUUGGCGGACAAAUGGUUGAUGACCUCCUGCUUGUCCUUUGGCCAAAUGGCAAUGAAAUCAUGUAUUCGCCUCGAUGGGCAACCGAUUACAUUCAACCGGUGGUGUAUGAUGGCCCUACUAUUACGACCAUCUCGAGUUCGGUAAACUCAACACAUUGGAAAGCAAUUUAUCGCUGCCAGAAUUGUACAACUUGGACAAACGGCGGCUUCGAUACAAAUGGCACCCCCGUAUUUGCAUGGGUUAUCAGUCUUACUGCAGUCGAUGACCCUUCGGAUAUAGAUACAAACUUCAAUGAGCAUGACGACUUCGGUUUCUGGGGAGAACUCACCAACCAGGCACACUCGGAUGAUUAUGACAUCUACCUAACGGGCCAGGGUUCUUCCUCUACGACGGCACCCCCGACAACGACUCCGACAACAACAAGCACCACAUCCACUAGCACCACAUCCACGCCAGUGGCAAGCGCGACGCCGUACGACUACAUCGUAGUUGGAGCUGGUGCUGGCGGACUAGUUGUAGCCGAUCGCCUUUCCGAGCAAGGGAAGUCUGUCAUAUUGCUUGAGCGCGGUGGGCCAAGUACAGGACAAACUGGUGGAACCGAUGUGCCACCCUGGGCCAAUGGUACAGACUUCACUCGUUUUGACAUCCCGGGAGAGUUCCAGGCUAUGUUUGGCAGCAGUGGACCAACAUAUUGGUUCUGCAAAGAUAUAAACACAUUCGCUGGCUGUCUCGUUGGUGGAGGAACUUCUAUCAAUGGAGCUCUUUACUGGUACCCGACUUCUGAGGAUUUCUCUACUGCUCGUGGAUGGCCCUCCUCCUGGACGAACAUUGGACCAUACUCUGCAAAACUGAUGGCUCGUCUCCCGUCUACCGACAAUCCUUCACCUGAUGGCGUGAGGUACCUCGAUCAGACGAUGGGCGUUAUGCAACAAAUACUGAAUCCGAUGGGCUUUUCGCAAAUCACACUCAAUGACAACGUCGAAUUUAAAGACCACGCUUAUGGUUACAGUGCAUAUAAUUUCCAACAUGGUAAACGUUGGGGUCCAGUAGCAACGUAUCUGCAGACAGCAUCCCAACGCUCAAACUUCAGGAUGGAGCUGUAUACGGUUGUCUCUUCUGUCGCACGCAAUGGGUCUACAAUCACUGGCGUGCAGACCAACAACACUGCCAUUGGACCCAAUGGAUUCAUCCCCCUAAACCCGAACGGCCGUGUUAUCCUUGCGGCAGGUUCUUUCGGUACUCCACGGAUUCUUUUCCAGUCCGGAAUUGGACCUUCGGAUAUGAUCUCGCUGGUGCAGGCCAAUACCGCCGCGGCACCAUUCUUACCGCCGGAGAGCGAUUUUAUCAAUCUGCCUGUCGGUAACAACGUUCAGGACAAUCCAAGCAUUAAUUUGAUGUUCACACAUCCAAGUAUCGAUUCAUACGACAACUGGGCUGAUAUUUGGGACGACCCUCCGCCUGCCGAUGCAGCUCAAUACCUCGCUUCUCAGACAGGCGUCUUUGCAUCUUCCUCUCCCCGAGUAAACUUUUGGCGUGCUCUGACCGGUUCAGACGGCAAAACGCGAUAUGUACAAGGAACAGUUAGACCCGGAUUCGACUCGGUAACCACGGAUUACCCAUACAACUCGAGCCAAGUAUUCUCAAUUACUAUGUACCUCUCAACUGGAACUACUUCGCGCGGACGUGUUGGCCUGACAAGUUCUGCGUUGGGAGCUGGUGCAUUGACCAACCCCUGGUUCACGGAUCCAGCUGACAAGACAGCACUCAUUCAAGGUCUUCAAGAAAUAAUCAAUGCUGCUAGCAACGUAUCGGGACUCACCCUCAUUACUCCCGAUAACACGACAACUUUGACCGAUUAUGUCAACAACUACCCAGCGUCCAGUUUAGGCUCAAAUCACUGGGUCGGAUCAUGCUCUAUCGGACAAGUAGUCGAUGAAAAUGCACGAGUCAUGAACACGGACAAUCUGUUCGUUGUUGACGCCUCAAUAGUUCCUGCCCUUAUGAUGGGCAACCCUCAGGGUGCGGUCAUGGCGAUGGCCGAAAUGGCUAGCGCAAAAAUUUUGGCUCUUUCUGGCGGACCUUGA